AUUGUCAAACAAAUUUUAAGCGCUGCUCGCUUUGCUUUUUGUUUUGCUUAUUACAAAAACAAAAACAAAUACAAAUACAACAUAUGUGUUUUAGUCGAAUGUUAAAUAUUUAUAUCAAAUUGUUAUGGCAUCUUCUCAAGAUGCCUGGUAUCUGUCGCUUUUAGGUUUAGCCGAGCAUUUCAGAACGUCUAGUCCUCCUAUGAUAAAACCCUGCAUACAAUGUCUACAAGCCGUCUUUAAUUUCAAGCCCCCCCAAAGGGUCGAAGCGCGAACCCACCUGCAACUCGGAAACAUUCUAUUAACCCACACGAAAAAUAUAGAUUUGGCUAAAAACCAUUUAGAACAAGCCUGGCUGCUGUCUCAAGUAAUUAAUUCAUUUGAUGAUGUUAAAUUCGAAGCUGCCAGUGUUUUAGCGGAAUUGUACGAGCAACAAGAACAAAUAUCCCUGUCGAAACCUAUUUUAAGGAAGGCCAUCGAGCUAUCCCAGCACAACGUCUACUGGCAUUGCCGGUUAAUUUUUCAACUAGCUCAAAUCCACGCUACUGAAAAAGACUACACAUUAGCGAGCAGUUUACUAGGAGUAGGAGUAGAUUACGCUCAUAUCUCGAAUGCCUCGUACACCAGGGUUCUAUUCUUAUUGAGCAAAGGAAUGCUGCUGUUAAUCGACAAGAAAUUACAAGAAGUACAACCAGUGUUGAACCAAGCCGGGCAUUUGAUAGACACUUGGACCGGAGCGGUGUACCAAAAAGAAUACCUCAAAGUGUACCUUUUGGUGUUGCAGGUGUGCCAUUACUUGAUGGCCGGGCAGGUUAAGAGCGUGAAACCGUGUCUGAAACAGUUACAACAAAGUAUUCAAACUAUAAUGGCUUCGGAUGAUGUUUUCAUGGGACCAAGUGCUGGUGAUAUGUUUCUGUGGAUGCCCAAAGAACAUCUGUACGUACUCGUGUAUUUAGUGACUGUAAUGCAUAGCAUGCAAGCGGGAUAUAUGGAGAAAGCCCAAAAGUACACGGACAAAGCCCUAAUGCAAAUUGAAAAAUUAAAAAUCGUAGAAAACAAGCCUAUACUAUCGGUCUUCCAAUUGAUGCUGCUCGAGCACAUCAUCAUGUGCAGGUUAGUAAUGGGCAACAAAACUCAAGCCUUGCAGGAAAUAUCGUCCGCGGCUGCGCUGUGCAAGCAGAAUCCCCGGUUGUUGGAAACGCACGGGCCCCAAUUGCAUGUACUCCUCGGGCUGUAUUCCAUGAGCGUGAAUUGCAUGGAAGCCGCCGAGGCGCAAUUCAUUGCAGCUUUAAACACAUCUCGAGAAAGAGAAUUGUGGACGUUCGCGAAUCUAAAUUUAGCAAUUGUGUUUUUGAGAGGUAAAAGGGAAGCGGAUUUCCUCGCGUUACACGAUAGAAUCAAUCCAGAGAGCCUGCCAUCGCAUUCGCAUAGUCUAAGGGCUGCCGCCUACUACGUACAAGGCCUCCAGGCUUUCUUCCAAGGAAGGUACAACGAAGCCAAGAGAUAUUUAAGGGAGACGUUGAAAAUGGCGAACGCGGAAGACUUGAAUAGACUCACGUCGUGUUCUCUCGUACUUUUAGGCCACAUAUUCCUGUCGCUCGGUAAUAGCAGGGAAAGUAUGAAUAUGGUGACGCCUGCGAUGCAACUCGCCAGUAAAAUUCCGGAUGUGCACGUUCAACUAUGGGCUUCGGCGAUUCUUAAAGAUUUGCAUCGAAUAUGUGGGGACAGUCAACGAGAAAAUGAGGCAUAUCAACGACACGUAAAUUUCUCGCAAAUGUUGUUGAGUGACCAUUUCCACGCGUCGCAGAUGCCCGAGCAUAAUCUGAUAUGGUGGACGCAGGGUAACUUUCCUACAAACGCAAUAAACGCUCCCGGUACUUCUAGUACGCUGAUUUAAUUGAAUUAAUAGCAAUUGGAUAUUUUAUUCGACGUUUGUGAUACUAUUUAUCGAUGAAUUCGUAAAUAAA